UCAUUUUUUUCUGCAAGGUGACAAGUAGCCCCACCCACCUAGCCCCGCCUUUUUAUGGCAAUGUCUUCACACAUGUUAAGGAAAGGUUAUCAGAGAGGAACUCUUUUCUCAUUCAGAGCCUUCCAACCAACCUCUCUCUUGAGGAGCUACUCUGAUACAACCACCAUACCUUCCACGCAGACCAUUGAAGCCCCGUAUGAUGCUGUUAUUGUUGGAGGAGGACACAAUGGGCUUGUUGCAGCUGCAUAUUUAUCUAAAGCAGGAAAGAAAGUUGCCGUUUUUGAGAGACGUCAUGUUUUAGGAGGUGCAGCUGUGACUGAGGAGAUUGUUCCUGGAUUUAAGUUCUCACGGGCUUCGUAUUUACUGAGUUUACUAAGACCAGUUGUAUUUAAAGACCUCGAGUUAAAAAGACACGGAUUAAAGUUCUAUUUCCGUGACCCCAACUCCUUCACUCCGAUCAUCAACAGUAAUGAGAGCCUUCUGUUGGGCGGAGACCAAAACAAAAAUAGAAAAGAAAUAGCUAAAUUUUCAUUGAAGGAUGCUAAAGUUUAUGCAGAUUAUGAAGAAUGGCUAGAAAGACUAAGUUAUAGUCUUGACCCUCUCUUGGAUUAUGUUCCUUUCAAUUUGUCUCACAUUAACUCGAGCAGCUGGAGAGAUCGUGUUCAAGUAAUCAGAUCAAUGAUACCUUUUGGGAAAAUGUUAACCCAUUAUCAUACUCCUGUAUCAUUAUCAAGUGUCUCCCUCCACGUGUUGAACAGAUGGUUUGAGAGUGAUGUCCUCAAGGCUACACUAGCUACUGAUGCUGUCAUAGGAGCACUACUGAGCCCUUACUCUGUAGGGAGUGGGUAA